AUGGCACUGGCACCAGAUUCCCGCGUCCUACUGAAUGACGGCAACAGAAUACCAGCGGUUGGAUUGGGCACUUUCGCCCCUGAGACUCCCAAGGAACUGGUGGAAGAGGCUGUGAAAGUAGGUCUGGAAGUCGGGUAUCGCCAUAUUGACUCUGCGUUAAUGUACGGUAUUGAGGCUGAGGUGGGCCGCGCUCUUAAAGCCAAGAUCGCAGAUGGGACGGUGAAACGAGAGGACGUGUUCUAUACUACAAAGCUGUGGAACAACUACCAUGCCCCAGAUAAAGUCCGGGUCGGUCUUGAAGAGUCUUUGAAAAUUGUGGAACUGGAUUAUGUGGAUCUUUUCCUUAUUCACACCCCUGUUGAAUUUAAGCCAGGAGAUGAUCUCUUCCCAACAGAUGAGAACGGAAAACCCAUUUAUCACAAUACAGACAUAAGAGACACGUGGAAGGCCAUGGAGGACUGUAAAGAUGCCGGACUGACGAAAUCCAUCGGAGUCUCCAACUUUAACCACAAACAGCUGGAACGGAUUCUCACCAUGCCGGGACUCAGAUGCAAACCAGCCUGCAACCAGGUGGAAUGUCACCUCUACUUAAAUCAGCACAAGCUGCUGGCGUUCUGCAAGUCACAUGACAUCACGCUGAUGGCAUACAGCGUGCUGGGUUCCACCCGAGUUGAGAACUGGUAUGACCAAAAUUCCCCAGUCCUACUGGAAGAUCCUGUGCUCAACACCAUUGCUAAAAAACAUGGCCGCCCCCCAGCGCAAGUGGCGAUGAGACACAUGCUUCAGAGGGGGAUCCUUAUCCUUGCCAAGAGCUUUAAACCAGAGAGGAUCAAACAGAACUUUCAGGUCUUUGAAUUUGAGCUAAGCGAGGAUGAAAUAAAAGCUCUCGAUGGACGCAACCAGAACCUCCGCUACCUGACUAUGGAUGUGUGGAAGGAUCACCCCAAUUUCCCAUUCAAUGAAGAAUAUUAAGUUGCUGCAGAUGCUUGUGUAACAAUGUGUAAAAGCCAUGGAGAGGAGCAGAAUUCGUAUAGUCUGUGCACACCGGGGGUGUUGUGCAUAGUUUUAUACAUUUUGGAUGAUUAUUUCUGUGUAAAAUAGUCCUGUAUUU